AUGUGUGUUAUGGAGGGAGCGGGCCCGUGCAGACUGCCAGAGUACCACGGAAGCACCUCUUUUGCGGUGAAGGUGGCUGGCUGGUUGGUGCCGGAUGUGCGCCGGCACCUUUUUCUCCUGGUGUGGAUCUUUGGUGUGCCAAUACACUUACAGUACGUGGUGCACCUCAUUCGUAUGUCAGCCGUCUCAUUGGAGAUUGGGACAGGCGUCACGAUGACAGGGACGGAGAAGGAACAGGCGGCACACACUGCGAUGGAAGCGGGGGACUCGCCCUUCUGUCCCGAUGAAGCCUCACUGCGAGAUGCGGCGUUGGAUAUUUUGUUUGUGCAGGUCUUGGCUGACUGUCGCGCGGCAAACGAACGGGUGCGGAAGGCCUCACUUUCAACCGAUGAGUGGUCAGAGGUGCAAAGUUUGUCGUACCGUGUGGAUGAGAAUGGCGUCACGCGGGUUGUCGCACAAGACGCUCUUGCAAAGGGCGAGGUGCUGGCGCUUCUGCCUGCAGGUGCGGCGUUGCUAGAAGAGCUGGAGGCGAUUUAUUUCACGGCAGUCGAUCAGGCACGGCGAUUUCGGGAGCAGUAUCCUUUUCCUCUUGCUUGCUGGGAGACACGGUGUAGACGAAAUAACAGGACACAAAUUAAGAAGAAGGAGCACAGCCGCAGUGAGUGUGUCUCAGCCGCGAUUGAUUGUGAGGCGGAUGUGAUUCUUAUCGACAGCGACGAAGAUGUACGCUCGCUCAGGAAGCCAGAUAUUGUGAUACUUUCCGAUGACGGGAGCGGUGGCAGCAGUAGUAGUGGUGGCUAUCAGCCCGUGAAGCGACGACGGAAAGUUUCCCCAAGGACUGUAUAUGAAGUGGUGGAGUGA